AAGAUUUCUAUACUCCUUUCUAAAAAUGAUCCUUUCUUCCCUUGGUAGAACCUCCUGUGUUCAGCAGGAAGCCCUCUCCAGUAGACAUGCUCAGAGGAACUGAGGUUAGCCUGGAAUGUGAGAUUUCAGGAACACCACCAUUUGACGUUACCUGGUACAAAGACAAGAGACAGAUCCGCAGUAGUAAGAAGUAUAAGGUUACAGCAAAGAACUACCAUACAAGCAUUCGCAUUCUUAACGUUGAAGUUGCAGAUGUUGGUGAAUAUCAAUGCAAAGCUCAGAACGACGUAGGAAGUGACACUUGCUUUUGCACGAUGAAGCUGAAAGAACCGCCGAAAUUCGUGACAAAAAUAAACAGCGUGACUGUUGUGGUUGGUGAACCAGUGGAGUUCCAAGCAAGAGUGGAGGGCUCCCAGCCGAUUUCUGUGCAGUGGCUUAAAGACAAGGAAGAAAUUAUUAGAGAAAGCGAAAACACAAAGAUCACAUUUAUGGAAAAUAUUGCAACUUUACAGCUUGUACACACAGAAACAAGCAGUGCUGGGAAAUAUAUCUGCCAGAUCAGAAAUGAUGCUGGAAGUCGCGAGUGUAUGGCUACCUUAACUAUCCUAGAGCCUGCAGUCAUUGUAGAGAAGGCAGAGCCAAUGAGGGUUACUAUAGGAGAUGCCUGUACUUUGGAGUGCAAAGUGGCAGGCACACCAGAACUAUCCACUGGGUGGUUUAAGGAUGGCAAAGAACUGACCAGCAGCCAAAAAUACAGAAUUACUUUUGUCAACAAAGUAUCUACACUUAAAAUUAUGGACACAGAGAAAGAAGAUGGUGGAUUGUACACUUUUGCAGUGCAAAAUGAUGUGGGGAAAAGCAGUUGCACGGCAUCGGUUGAAGUUUUAGGUUGGUUGUGUAGUUUGUCUUCUAUCUUUUACUAAAACUUUCUUUUAUUCGCAUAUUCUUUUCUUGAUUCCAUUCCUUUCCUCCUUUUCUUUCUAACAAUGG